AUGCAGUAUCGGUACCAGAUCCUGGUUAUCAUAGUGAAGCUGUGGCCACUCCAUCUUCACAUCCGCAGAUUCGGAGUUCAAAUUGGAGGAGAGGAGGAUUUCGAAGAUGAGGACACUUCACAAGCGGCUCCAUUCACGAUCACAUACACGCCAUUGGACAGUCAAUCAAUUUGUUCCAGCGAACCUCAUCCACUUGAUAAUCUUCACUCUUGUAGCACUGCUUCCCUGAUCGAAAAUUCACUCCUGAGCCAACAACCACUGACCCCUUGGUGCUUUCAUAGAUCAGCUCCGCCUGAAAUUCACAUGUCUCCUGCUCGGGCGAAGUUCUUGGCUGAUCAUAGAGAAGAUUCCCUAUUCAAGGAAGAAAUCGAAAGCAAACCAGAAAAAGAAAAGAAAAGCAGUGGAUGGUGGAAAGGAAUGGCGAACAGCCCUUUGAUGAAGAUGAUCAAGAGCCAAACAACAGACCAUCUUGACAAACGCUCUUCCGCUUCUGAUGGCUCGGGUGGCUCAGAAAGUGGGGCGGCGGGUACGCUUGGUGGUUUUGUGGCCAGCCCGUCGCUUCAUAACAUUGUCUCUCAAGUAAAAAGAGGCUAUGACGAAGUUGUUAGGGAAGGAGGCGUUUCUUCGAAACUGCGCCUUGGAAUGUCUUCAAUCUACCAGGAAGUCAAGGGAAUUCAAAGAUCGACUGGCCUGCUUGGCAGUGGACAAAUCUUUGGCGGAGAAGCGGACGAUCCACAGACUGUACAAAUCAAUCAAGAGAAUUCCGUCUUUCAAUUGGACUCCGGCUCGGCAGAUACGCUGCUCCAUGAAAAGUUUUGGACUGAUGGAUUGUUUGAGAAGGAUGAAGAGACUCCAUCUACUUCAAAAAUCCUCGAUGUGACGAUGUGUGUUGCAACGCCAUGUCCUCAUUGCCACCUGAUGAUCUACGAUGAGGAUAUUAUGGCUGGAUGGAAGGUCGAAGAUCAAAAUAUGAAUACCGAGUGUCCAUACUGUCAAAUUGUGUCGACGGGUACGAAAGAACAGCCAGGUUGCUUUGCGCCGAUGUUGCACAUCAAUUUCCAAUGGAAGAACAAUUGUCGAGUGAGUUGGUAUCAGCCACAUUUGAAAGGCUCUGCGGACACAAACGAAGCAUCCAACGACCAAGAGUUACCCCCGGCACUCACUGUGGCAUUCAUUUCACCAAUUGUCCUUCGACGAGAACUUGAAACUUUGGUUGCACAGGACAUGCUCUCAUUCAAGAAUAAGUCCCUCAUGGAAAGCCAUCCGAUAGUAUUUUGGAACUUGGUCUACUUUUUGCGUCGACUCGCUUUGCCAUCUCAUCUUUUUUCGUGGAUUGGCUCCAAUGUGCACAUCAGAUGCGUUUACGAUCGACCGACUUUUCAUCCCAGUGCGCCGCCACUUUACAUCAGCAAUCAAGCAUAUUCGAAUUUGACAUUGCUAAAUUCGCAUACAUCAAGGGAGUCUUCUCGAAAACAAGUGACAACAUCUGUUGGUGAAAGCAAUAUGUUUAAGGCUAUCCAAGCUCUUGUGAAUGAAAGUCGAACGGUUGAUGAUGGAAAUGUGGUUUUGAGUGCCCAUUUCCCUAUAUUCAGGGAUAUCCAAUUCGCCUCAAUCGACGAGUACGGCCGGGCGCUUAAUCGAUGCAAUUUGGAUGACGCAUAUCAAACGGAGUUUGAUCGACUUCCACCGAGGAUCAAACCACUUCUCCCUAUCCAGGACAACCCGUCACCACUUUUGAACAGGGCCUGCAAGAUGAUAUUUGUGCCAUUGGAUCUCUUC